AUGGAUGCAAGGGCCCCCAAGAAGUGCCACCAGUAUAAGAAGAAUAGGACCAAGGUCCAGGAGAAAUUUGCCAGUAAGAUCUCAUACAGGUUGUCUUGGCUGACGGAGAGGACCACGGAGUUCCUGAAGCCCUGGGAGAUCACAACAUUAAACAGCUCUCUGCGGGAACAGCUGCCCUUGCAGAAGAGGUUGGUGCCGACACGGUCCAUUCCCGUCCCAGGGGGCCCCAGGCUUUUCGUCAGUGUCCAGACGCUAUGGGCCACGGCCGCCAUCUUCAUCCCCAGCGGGAAAGCUCUGGGAACUCCAGCUCCUGUACCUCCGCUUCCCGAGGCCGGAAGCCAGCACUAG